AUGGCGCACGGCAUGUCUACCCUCACGCAGGGUCUGAGAUUUGUUGGCCUGUCCGCACAGCGCAAACCCGAUAAUCCAGCCGAUAUCUCAGAGACCCAGCGGUUGUUAUCACAGUUUUCUGCAAGACCAUUUAGACCAAGCUCCUCAAAUUCCAAUAGACGGCAGAAUUCGGCAACUCCUCGAAGUACACCUCAACCUAAUCUUCCCCCACCGUCUUCCUCUUUACCUUCAAACCCAUCUUCUUCUCGCCCUUCCUCUCGCCAAUCUUCUCAGGCGCGUCAGACUUCUGCGCGUCAGACUCCUCAGGCUCCUCAACGUCACCAAUCCCAUCAACCUCAACCUGCUCCUUCCUCAAGUGGCAGACCGUCACACAUUCCUUCUCAAAGUGAAUCCCGUGACUCUCGGACCGCUCCUUCCCCCAGAGCCCAAGUCCCUCUUCAUUUUGUUUCUCCUUCUCCAAUUCUUUCUUCGCCACAACAUGUUUCCACUGGGCGUGAUAUCCGCCAACGAACUCUCAGAGAAAGCAUUGCAAUUACAAACGUCAACAGGCAUGAUGAAACAUUAAAUCAGAUCACCCUAGGGGCACUAUCUGAAACAUCUUCACGGUCAAUCUCACCAGAACAAUCUUCUAUUCGCCGCUCAGGUCGAUCUCGAGCUCAACCCACCAAUUACUACGCCCGAAUUCAUAUCGGCUCCGAAGAACCAGGAUCGACCCAAGAAGCACGUACAGUUGUGUCUUCCAAAACGAUACCUCCGCAAGAGCCUACUGGCAUCCCACCACGUCGAAACAUGCGAAACUUUCUAUGUGGUCGUGAACUUGGAGGGAUUCCCAUCGACACGGAGAUAAUGUCAGACCUCAAGACAUGGAAGUCAUGGAAAGGUGCUUCGGGAGAUAUAAGUGCUGUGACUUGGUCGCCUAAUGGAAUCCAAUUUGUUGCAGGUGCCUUAUCCAAAUCCGAUCAAUACAACCGGCGGAACAAUCUCAUCUUAGGCGAUAUCCAGAGCAGCUGCUUGAAAGAAAUCCCUGAUCAUUACAUCCCGCGACCGGCAGAAGAAACAUUGACUAUGGACGAUCCUUACCUUUUCACCAGCGUGUCGGAUGUGAAGUGGGUUGGUGACCGGCUGUAUACGUCUAGCUUUGAUCAGACAGUCAAAAUUUGGGACGCCACAUACGCGAAUAUCUCGUGUGUGCAGACUCUAAAGCACGAGUCCAAAGUGGAUGUGACGGCCGUUUCUUCAUUUGAUUCCGGUAUCUUGGCCACGGGGACAACGUCUGUCGUGGUUUGGGACGCCCGAGACCUAGAGAACCCUACACCAACAACUCUGUAUCUUGACCGAGAUACACGGUACCGACCCAACGUCAAUUUCACAUCUACCGCAUUGGCCUGGGGCCAUAUGCCUUUUACAAAGGAGUUCUUGCUUGGAGGCAUGUCCGGGCAGGAUGGAGACGAACAGAGUUACAAAGGUCAUCUGGGCUUGUGGCGAGCUCGUGAGGCUUCCUUCGAGACUAUGAAAGUCUCAACAAAUACCCAAAAUAUCAAUGACCUCAAAUGGCAUUCGUCCCUCCCACAAUUCGCGACCGCGAGCCCCGAGGAUCCUCAUAAUGCCCGCAGCAAGGGCAUUGGCACGACGACAAAAUCUAUCGUGAGGAUUUUUAGUCUAGAUUGCAACUUAGGCAAGCGCAUCCCAUCGAUUAUGGAGUUCUCGUGCCCGGCCUUAGAUGCAAAUGAAAUCACUUUCUGCCCUACCGAUGGGAGAUACAUCACGGCUAGUUGCACGGAUGGUGCAACAUAUGUUUGGGAUAAUCGAAAAGGCGAUCGGAUUCUUCACGAACUUCGCCAUGGCGACCCUAUCAGCCCAAUUGAUCAUGACCGAACUCGAGAGGUGGCUGAUGUCGGAGUUAGAGUCGCGCUUUGGGGUACUGCGGGCCAAUUUCAUACCGGAGGGUCGGAUGGUGUUUUGAAGCGAUGGGACGUUCGUCGAUCAACAGAAGACGCCCUUCUUCAGAAUAUCGCAUCCUUCCAGCACGAGAUUUACUCCGCCUCAUUCAGCCCGGAUCAAUCCCAUCUCCUGGUUGGUGAUUCUGGAGGUGCGGUCCAUGUCUUGUCAUCGGGACCAUGUGCAGAUCCCGACAUCAAGGAGUUCAUAUUUGAACACGCCCCAAAUCCGUCUAGUUCAAACGAGACAGAUGAGUCCAACAAGCGUACGGCCUUGAACGGAAUAUCUACUGUUAGCACCCAUGAAGAGAUACCUCAAUCGACAUUCUUGUCUGUUGAACCCGCACCUUCGCGUUCUGAAAAGAAAAGGAGAAGAGAGGAGAGGAGGCGCAUUAAAGCCGGACAACUCCCGGCCGAAGAUCUAGAGACCAAUGGAGCUCACAGAGAAGACACAGUCAUGGAUACAGCCAAUGGAAAAGACCCGGAUGAAUCGGACGGGGAACAGCUGGCUCGGAAACUACAAGCCGAACGAAAGAAAAAGCGACGACACAAGAAGAGAAGACUUCUAAAAAUGAUGCCAAUAAUAAGCAACACCGAAAGCAUUGACCUUACCAUGGACUCCGAUUCAGAGCAGCGUCACUUUCAAUUGGAGCAGCUCAGGGAGGCGCUUGAAGAUGACAACUGGUUCCCACCAAGUGGGCAAAUUGAUCCCAACUUCACGACUGAAACUGUGUGA